AUGGCUACACAAACCGAGACUACACCCGGAGUAUCCAGGCCUCUGGUAACUAUCACCGAGUUGGACCACAUAGUCUUGCGCGUCAGUGACGUUGAAGAUUCACUCCGUUUUUACUCGGAGAUUCUGGGAUUGCAGGUGGAACGGGUGGAACAGUGGCGGGCCGGAGAGGAACCCAUCGGCAAGGACGGGGCCAAGAAUCAGGACCACUAUUGCAUGGUCAUCGAGCCUACUGACAUGGAAGCACUGAAGGCCGAGUUCGAAGCGUUAGGCAUAGAGAUCCAGGCCGGCCCCGGCAAGCGGUGGGGCUCCCACGGCGAUGGCAUAUCCCUCUACAUCUAUGACCCCGAUGACAACGUGGUAGAGCUGCGGCACUACUAG